CUAAAAAGACCUUUGAAGAUGCUGUGGAUGUUGUGUCUCCCAAAGGCAUCCCUCUUUCUCCUACUUCUCCCGUGCUUCCCUGCCCAGGACGGUGGAGGAAAUGAACAGUCCACAGACGUUAUCAGUGCUUGGGAAGGAGACUCCAUCAGCAUAACUUGCCCAAUCAAUCAUUCAGAAUAUCAAUUGGGAAUGUACUUAAGAAAUAUCAGACAGAAUGUCAAUGUGAUAUAUUGUCCCAAGGAGAAACCUCCAUUGAUCAAUCCUGCCUUUGCUAAUCGUGUUGAGUGUUCAAAGGAAGGGGAGAACCUCAGGAUAACCCUGCACAGGUUACAGGAGUCUGAUUCUGAAAUCUACGUAUGCACAGAGAUGUUCAAAAUCAAGGAGGUAUAUAGGAAGACAAUCAUAGUACUGGUCAAAGCUAAAUCCAGGAGGCCUCUGGAGCAGUCACCACUGCAUGCCAACCCGGAGCAAGGCCAGUCUGUCAACAUCACCUGUGUGUUGAAAAGUUCACAUGAAGACGAGAAGUUCUCCUUGCUCAGGACUCAUGUGCAGCCUGGCCCAGUUCUGUCUGUGUCAAAUCUCAGCAGGUCAGAGGUUUCUCCUGCCUUUGGGAAUCGCUUGGAGUAUUCAAGGGAAGGAAAUAGAAUUGUGGUGAUUCUACACAAGCUACAGGAAAAGGACAGCGAUAACUACAUCUGUGCCCAGGAGGUGAAAGGUUCCCCUCUGCUCUCUGCAAGUGGCACCAUGGUGCUGGUUAAAGAAGUGGAGCAGGCAUGUGAGAAGAGCUCCUGGGGUUUGUAUGCCUUUCUCAUGGUGGUGGCUGUGCUGUUCUGUGCCCUGGUGUGCUGCACCUUGUACCGUGUGGAUGUGAUGAAAUAUUUCCAGAAGAAAAAGCACAAUGAGGUAUAUGAAGACAUGUCCUACAACUCCAGACGGAGCACCCUGGUCAGAACCAACACCUAUUCCAGAGGUGAAUAA